AUGCGAUUGCCGGCACGAACAUUAACCACGCUACCCGUCGCCGCCCUCUUCCUCACCUCCUUGCUCCCGACAGUCAGCUCCGCCAGCCUACGGACAUCUCUGUUCGAAAGGGAGGCUCGCACUGGUUCCUCCAGCCAUGUGUUUCCGCUUUUAAAAUGGUUGCGCGACAGCGCCGUCGAGGUUGUCUUUGGUAAGCCGUCGACCCGAACGAAAGCCUCCACGAAUCCCGCUGCCGCGCUGCAAUCUCGUUACCGGAAUGACGUCGUGGUCCGCUUCAAUGUCACCAACUCGGAGGAGGAGGGCGCACUCGCGGAUGCGGUCGUGCAGAUGUUCCUAGACGUGUGGGCUUUUACCCCGGAAUAUGUCGAUGUCAGACUGGACAAGGACGACGUGUCGGCGCUGCUCACCUUGCUGCCCAACUCGCUGCAACCCUCAAUUCUAAUUCCGGACGUCGCUGCGGCAGUCUGGGCGACUUACCCCUCUGCGGCGGCCGAAAAGUCGCAGCUCGAGUCAAGUAUGGUUGAUGCGGCCAAGAUGAAGACCUCGUUGGACGGCGUGGGAAAUAUCUUCUUCAGAGAUUACCAGACAUUAGCUGUCAUCACCAGCUGGAUGCGUCUUUUGGAAGCUUUAUUCCCAUCGAUUGCCAACAUGACAAGCAUUGGCAAGUCGUAUGAGGGUAGGGACGUUUACGCUUUCCGUGUCGGUGCUCGCGGCAACGAGGACGAAGCCAACGAGCCGCGCAAAACGAUUCUUAUCACGGGAGGUCUCCAUGGCCGCGAAUGGAUCUCGACAAGUUCUGUGAACUACCUGCUGUGGUCGGUGGUUACAGCGUACGACCGAGAGCCGGUGAUCACGAAGCUCCUCGAGCAAUUCGAUAUCGUCUUGAUCCCUGUCCUAAACCCCGACGGCUACGAGUACACAUGGCAGACAGACCGUCUCUGGCGCAAGUCGAGACAGCAAACCAAGAUGCGGUUCUGCCGCGGUCUCGACCUCGACCACUCCUUCGGCUAUCGUUGGGACCCUGUCAGGCACCAGGCCGACCCGUGUUCAGAGAGCUACGGCGGGGACCAGCCGUUCCAAGCCGUGGAGGCGUCCCAGCUGGCCAAGUGGGCCAGGAACGAGACAGAGAACGGAGUAAAGUUUGUGGCGUAUAUCGACCUGCAUUCGUACUCGCAACAGGUCCUCUUCCCGUACGCAUAUACCUGCUCGGUUGACCCACCCAAUCUCGAAAACCUGGAGGAGCUUGCUCUGGGGCUGGCCAAGGCCAUUCGGAUGACGAGCGGCGAGUCGUACACUGUCAACUCGGCGUGUGAGGGCGCCGUUGCACGGAGUUACAGUGCAAGCGACUCGCUUUCGCGUGUCGAGGCGGCCGGCGGUGCAGCGAUUGAUUGGUUCUACCAUGAACUCCAAGCACGAUACAGUUACCAGAUCAAAUUGAGGGACACUGGAAGUUAUGGGUUCUUGCUUCCCAGCGACAACAUCGUCCCUACUGGCGAGGAGAUGCUGAGCGCCUUAAAGUACCUUGGCGACUACCUGCAAUCAUCGGACUCGUGGACAUCUGACCCGCGGACAUCCAACUCGCGGACGGACUUGAAGAGGCGAAGGCGGUGAGGUUAAGCAUCGAUUGAAUGGUUGUUGAUUGUCUGGACGGAUGUUUGACUUGGAUACUCACCUGGCGAAAGGCGUUGUCAAACUUGGGUCCGGGUUUGCAUUUAGAGAGGCGCACGUAGGUUGAAACGGGGUUCAGGCGUCAAGUUCGCAUUGUGGGAGAAGCUGCGUGAUCAUAGAACCUUCAAAAUCAGUGGUAGGGUAUGGUGUCCUGGUACCAGGCAGGUGUGCCAUUUCCUCCUUCAACGGGCUGAUUCCUGUACUCAAGAUGCCAUUUUCGCGCUGCCCAGGCGCAUCUGUACUCCGUAGCUACACAUGGAAUUGACGUGGAUUGUCAUG